UACCAUUACAGGAAGGCGUAGUUUAAAUGUGCAAGUUCUUUGCACAUUGUUGUGGUUCUGUGUGAUACUGUGCCUCUGCAGCACUAUUUUCUCAGAAGUUCGAUUACCCUGGAAGACCUUCCUCACAAUACAAGAUGCCCUGUCCGGACCCCAGGAUCCCCACAUCACUACCCUCCUGGCUCGGCUUGCCAGCUGUCAUGGGAAAUCUUCAGAUGGGCCAGAGAUCUUCAGGUUGCUGUGUUUUGCCUCUCAGACUCACAGCGAUGGCAACAAAAGAGUUUCUCCAGCAGCUGAUCUCAAACCCUGAUAGAUUAAACAAUUUAGUGGAUGAUGCAAAAGAGAUGGCUUUUCAACAUGGGCUCUUAAUGAGGACACAUGAGACCCCCAAUUCAUCUGAGGUUGUGACCUUCAUUCCAUUCACACUCUUCCCCACUCCUGUGCCCAAAGCUGCCCUCGUCCAGGCUCUGGAAGUGCAAAUUCACUUCAAUACCCUGAUGGACAAGAUCGGCCAAGACCCAGACUUUCUGGAGGAGGCUCUUGCAAGUACAAUCCAGGCAGAUGACUUUGCAGCUAAGCUGUAUGACAUAUACAGACAAGUGCAGCAGGAAGGGCGGACACAGUCCAUUGUGUUGGGUUUGAACCGGUCUGACUACAUGGUGGACCAGAGGGAAGAUGGAGCACCUUCUCUGAAGCAAAUAGAGGUCAACACUAUUGCUGCAGGUGGUUUUGGCGUAACUGACCGUCUGUCUAUGGUGCACAGACAUGUAAUGCAGUCUGUCGGGCUUUUUGAAGAGAGCAAGUGUAUCCAGGACACCAACAGGACUUCUGCAAUGAGUGCUGCUCUUGCCAAGGCCUGGGAGCUCUACGGCCAACAGAAGGCAGUAAUUAUGUUUCUGGUUGAGGAAGUCCAGAUUAGCAAACUCAGUCAUCGUUGCAUUGAGAAAGAGCUUUGGAACAGAAAUAUUCCUGUUAUCCGCAGAAGAUUUGAGGAGGUGUAUAGAGGAGGAUCUCUUGAUGGUGACAAAAAAUUGUUUAUAGAUGGGCUUGAGGUAGCUGUUGUGUACUACCGCUAUGGCUACAUACCAGACAACUACACUGAACAGAAUUGGGAGGCUCGUCUUCUGAUGGAGCGCUCUAUGGCUGUGAAAUGUCCAGAUGUCGGCACUCAGCUGGCUGGAACCAAGAAGGUCCAGCAGGUGCUCACCAGACCUGGAGUUCUGGAGAAGUUCUUCCCUGACAAGCCCCAAGUAGUGGAGCAGAUCAGAGCAACAUUCGCUGGCCUUUACACUCUAGACAUGGGUCCAGAAGGUGACCGAACAGUGGCCAUGGCUUUGGCCAACCCGGAUAAGUUUGUACUGAAGCCUCAGAGAGAAGGAGGAGGGAACAAUUAUUUUGAAGAGGACAUGGUGAGACUACUACAGGAGGUUAAAAGUGAUAAAAGGAGAGCUGCCUAUAUUCUAAUGGAUAGGAUCCGACCCAGAACAGAACAAAACAUCCUGCUAAGGAAAGACCUUCCAAUCACACUUGCUUCUAUUUGUUAUGAAAUAGGAGUUUUCGGAGCCUAUGUGAGGCAUGGAGGAGAAAUGGUUCUCAACGAGGUUUGCGGUCACACUUUGAGGACAAAGAACAGUGAAUACAACGAUGCGGGGGUAAUUGGUGGAGUGACUGUGUUUGACAAUGCACUCAUCAGCUGAACACUCCCUGUCUCAUGUGAUCUGCCAGGCUUCACAUACAACACGAGCUGUGGAGCACCAUCAACCUAAAGGCAGGAACACAAAGUGAAACAAAUGAACAGAAAUGAGUUUUAUGUUAUCAUCAUUCUGUCACUGUCUUCCCCCAUACUGUUAACUGAUAACAUGCUUAUUUGUUGCUAGAACUAGUUUAGUGUUUUUUUCAUUCAUGUUCAGAAAAUAUGUUUAUAAAAAUGUAGCAGUUUGCAGUUUGCCAGAUUCAACACUAGGUGGCAGUAAAGCCAAAGGCAUCUUCCACAUGAAGUAAACACCCACCAGCAGAUCUACAGAGUUCACGCCAGGCAAAGGAGGUAACAGGGUUCAUGUGAGAUAUGCGACAUGCCAAUACUUUGAGAUUCAACAGGGCAAGAAGGACACAUACACCAUUUACAUAUUAAUGCAAACACAUUUUGAACCUGAUUUUAAAUGUGUCUUCGAUUUUAACAUUAUCAUAAGAUUUUCCACAGACAGUAUACAACUCUGAUUUCAAAUGUGAACUGUGUAAACUGUGAAGGCAAACAAAACCCUGUAAUAAUGUCAUUAGUCAUACAUUUUCUAUGACCUACUGUAUAUGCAGCAACUCAUUCUGUAUCAAUAUGAAUUGAAUGAUUUUAUUUCUAUUUAAAUGUCAAACCAUAAAAAACCCACAAUAAUACUAUGUAUAAAUGACAUAAAGUUGAAAGCAAUACAACACAGACUAAAACGUUACCAUUGAUUCAAAAUAAAGUCUUCCUGUUA